AUGUACGGAUCCUGCGGUUCCGUACUCGCUAUAAUCUGCCUCAUUAACCUCGUGUCGUGCUCGUCUGCGGUGUCCGUCCUGGCCGCGGCGAAAGCCGCCACGAAAGCCGCCGCCAAAGCCGCUCCACCGCCGGCGAACCAGCCGAGUGUUCUGCCGGCCUCCUGCUUCUUUGCACUGCAGGCGUGCGAUUUCGCAUUCAACAACUCGCUGGGCUUCGUGCCGCUCUAUGCGCUCUCUGUCAUGCAGCCAGACGUGCCCUUCACCCAGGGGAUCCUGCACAGCAAGCGAUCGGCGCCGGCGAUCUCAGGAAAGCUCAAGCCGAAGUGUAAAGCUGUGAGUGUCUGGAAGUUCAAAGCGCUCAAGUGUCCUCCAAUCUCAGUGAUACCACCUUCCAGCUCAUCGUCUCCAAGCAUUCGCUUUGCAGCUAAAGGACAAGUGUCUGGAAAUGGGUACAGCGGAGCGUGCUUCACCAUGAGCUUCUCGCAAUUGUUGGUGAAGCUAGGGAGCGGCCCCAAGGAAUUCUCUGCGGGCUUGCCCCCACCUGUGCCGCACUCCCCCGGACUCCCCCCGCAAACCCCAGCCGCAAAAUUCCGCAUCAGAACUCGUCUUCCCCCGCAGCCUCCGCAAAACUCGUCUUCUCUCCCUCCUUGCAACCCACUUUCUGCUGACUCACUUCCCUCCUGA